GUCUCACGUGCGGUGAUGAGCCGACUGGGCGCGAUAGAUCCCUUUAGUGGUAGGUAGCAGAAAGAGCUUAGGUGCAUGUGGGUAUGCAGCAGCAGAGGCAUGAUGGCCAUCCAGCUAUCUCGCCCCCAGCGCAUGAAGGCCCUCACGCCACACAAUCGAUCUCAUCGACAAACGACACGGACAGCCCGCCAGAUAGGAAAACACAUACGCAAAAUGAGUAAAGCGAGCUACUUAUGGUACAGCGAUCAUGCGCAGAGAAGUGAAGAGCAGUCAGCAGACGUCCGCACACAUACGUACACACGUGUACGAGGCAUGCUGUGCCCACCGACCGACACAUUCAUGCGCUCUUGGCGACACCGCCGCUCACAACAUGCCAUACCUCGAUCUCCUUUGCGUGAAAUGUGAAUCCUCCCGCCAGUGUGCCUUGGCCGUAGUCGUUGCAUUGGUCGAGGUAGCCAUCAGGCAGGUCGUCCUUGUUGAUAUGAUUGUUGCAGCACCGCACGUCAUCUGCCGGGCCGGGGGCGGCCCACGCAAGCCACAGGUAUCCCUCACCCAAAUACAACUGCCCUCAGCAAUGUAACAGCCGUGUCCUUCUGUUCGUGCUGCUUUGUUCUUCCCACCUUGCCCCUCUUCCCACCUUGCCACGUGAGUCCUGAUUGCUGGCCUCGAUGGAGGCGUCGCGGCCGGCGACCUCGACCCUCUGUUUGGCCUCGGGGAUGGGCACCUUGGUGACUUUGCCGUAGGCUCCGCUGAUGGAGAUGAAGAAGUGCGGCACCUUGUAGUGUCCGCUGGUCUGUGUGGGGUCGGCGGGCGGCUUAAGUCGGCCGUCGACAAAGGCGCCGAAUCGGUAUGUGUCGUUGUGGUUGAUGAGGAAGAGCAGACCGCUCGCAUCGCCCGCCUUGUCCACCAUCGUGCCGAAGUCACCACCGUCACGACUAGACCUGACAAACGGCGGGAGCCGCUUCUCUUUGACAGUGGCAGUAUGGAGCAUUCGUGGCUGCUCACCUGUACGACAGCGACGCCCUGCAUGCCGGUUUGUCGAUCAUGUCCAGCACACUCACCCACUCCUCUGCAGACUUGAUGAUGAAAUCACCACCAGGCGGCAGAUGACAGAUCGGGGCGCGGGAGAGGCCGUACAU